AUGUUUUCCUCGUCGAAUACUUUCCUCGGGGGUGGUGCCAGUGGCCGUCCUGGCCAGGCACCAUUCAUGCAGCAACAGCAGCAACAACAACCCUACUCGCAAUUCCCCCAGGGCCAACAGCAGCCCUCAAUUCAGCAGCCUCAGCCCACUGGCUUUGCUCCGCAGCCCACCGGAUUCACCGGUCAGCCCUCGCCAUUCGGUAACCAACAGCUACAGCCCCAAGCCACCGGGUUCCCCGCGGGACAACUCCAGCCUCAAGCGACCGGUUUCCCUGGAGGCCAACUUCAGCCCCAAUACACUGGCUUCCCCGGCGCUUCGCCUCAGCAACCGCAACAACCGCAACAGCAGCAAGCGCAGAGCUUCCAACCCCAGUUCACUGGAUACACCCCUCAGACCCAGGCGCAGGCGCCGCCUCCGGUUCCCCAGAUCCCACAGCGAUUCAAGACCUCAUCUGAGAUCGCGAACUCCUUCCAAGAUGCCGGGGCCGGCGCGCCUCCCCAGGUGCCGCCAAAGACCGGAUCGAAGAUUCCUAGUAUUCGGCUGUCCUUCAUUACCGCCCAGGAUCAGGCCAAGUUUGAGCAGCUCUUUAAGUCUGCCGUUGGUGACAGCAAGACAAUGGAUGGCGACAAAGCGAGAGAUCUUCUAAUGCGCUCGAAGCUGACGGGCACCGACCUUUCUAAGAUCUGGGUCCUGUCCGAUUCUACCAAGUCUGGACAGCUGUUCUUCCCCGAGUUUGCAUUGGCCAUGUAUCUGUGCAACAUUCGUCUCACCGGCCGCGAGCUUCCUCCUUCCCUACCCGAAAAGAUCAAGAAUGAGGUUUCUAGUAUGGUGGAUAUCAUCUCAUUCGAUGUUCCGGAUACCCAGCCAGAGCCGCCACAGCAGCGAACGAACGUCCCCAACUUCGACGCUCCUCUCAUGGAGAACAAAUCGACACCCCCGAUUGUUCAACAGCCCGUGCCACAACAGCCGAAUAAUGCCCAGCUCCUGUCGCAGCUGACCGCGCAGCCCACUGGUUUCUUCCCCCAGCAGACUGGUAUUCAGCAACCCCAGCCCACAGGCUUCCCUGGCCAGAACCAGUCUCAAUUCCUCCAGCCUCAGCAGACCGGAUUUAUGACCAACCCGCAGGCAACUGGUUAUACUGGCCCGCGGCCGCCAAUGCCGCCUAUGCCUACUGGGUUCGGCUCAAACCUGAGCCCGGCCCAGACUGGCGGAAUGGGCCUGACAGCUCAGCCUACCGGUUUGACAGCUCAACCUACUGGUAUGCCAGGCCAGUGGGGUUUCAUCAACACUCCUGCACAAGGUCUGCCUAAUAUCGAUGCCAUGAAGCAGCAGCUUAUGCCACAGCCUGGCCGCGAAGGCGGCUUUAGCGCAGCUGCUCUUUCGGGUAAUGCUACGGUUGCCUGGGCUAUCACCAAGGAAGAGAAGAAGAUUUAUGAUGAUCUCUUCCGCGCAUGGGAUGGGUUGCGAAAGGGCUUUGUCAGCGGUGAGACAGCUAUUGAGAUCAUGGGCCAGAGUGGUUUGAACCGUAAGGACCUGGAGCGCAUUUGGACUCUGGCGGACCCGCAUAACCGUGGCCGCCUCAAUAUGGAUGAGUUCGCUGUGGCCAUGCACAUGAUAUACCGUGCUCUUAAUGGAUAUCCUGUGCCCAACCGUCUACCCCCUGAACUUGUUCCCCCAUCCACGAGACACUUGAAUGAUUCCAUUGGUACAGUGAAAUCGCUUCUUUCCCAGGAUGCGGAGACCCGCAAGGCAACCGGGGCGUUCCUCCAGCCUCAGAAGACUGGUGUCAGCUAUCUCAAGGAUCACUCCUUCCGCGGUGGUGGUAGUAACUCCCCCGGAGCCCGCAAGGAUGCUACUAUGUUCAAGAACAAUGAUGCCGCCGGUGGUUACCGCUCCAGUGCUCGCCGUCGUGUUGGCAACGACGCUCGUACUCCUUCCCCUGCCGCUUCAGGAGCAUCAGAUGAGGAUUACUCUGUCGAGCAAUUGACCAAGAAGAUUCGGGAGACCAAGGUUAUGCUUGACGCCGUCGAUUUCCAAGAUGAGAACCGGGCAGAGGAUGAUGAUGCUCUUGACCGCCAGGACCGUCGCGAGGCAGAGAGCCUCAUGGACCGUAUCCGCCGUGUGCAGGAUGACCUCGAUACCCACCCCAAUGCCGCGUUCCGCCAAUUGGACAGCGGAGCCGAGCGUAGGUCUCUCCGUCGCCAGUUGCAGUCCUACGAGGACCAAGUUCCUCAGGUUGCAUCUGAUGUGCGCCGUCUUGAGCGUGAGAUUGCCGAUGCGAAGCUCGAACUCUUCCGUCUUAAGGAUGCCAAGGCUCACCCAGGUGGUGCCUCCAAUAUUAUCGGGACUGGCCCCGGUGGUACUGUGACCGAGGCGGACCGAAUUAAGGCCCGCGCUCGCGCUCGCAUGCAAGCCCGGGCUGCCGAGCUUGCUGGACGCCCUGCGCCUGUCUCGGAAGAUGAAGAUGGCCAAGCUGCUCGUCGUUUGGAGACUGAGAGCUCUAACGUGAAGGCUGAACGGGAGCGCAAUGACGCUAUGACUCGUGAUGUCGAGGAGAGUGUGCGCGACUUUGCCCGCAGUUUGGAAGACAGCCUUCGUGAUCAGGGUAGCAACUCUACCCGUGAGCAUGAGAAGCGUCGCUGGGAGGAUGCCCUGGGUGUCGAAGAUAUCACUCGCGACUUCAUCUACGACUUGAGCCGUAACUCUCGAACUGCUCAUAUUCGCAAGGAGGAACGGUCAAGACCAUCACCCGAGGUGCAAAGCCGCGCAUCCCCAGCGGCUGAAUCUCCUGCUGCGCGACCUUCCAUGCCUCAAUCCGUUGAUUCAUCAAGCUCCCUCCCAGGUAACACACACGAGGACCGUGUAGCUGCUGCCAGGGAGCGUGCGCAGAAGCGGAUUGCUGAGCGUAUGGCCGCUGCCGGUUUGAAGCCAAGCGACGCCAGCGAGACUCUUGUGCAACGUCAAGAGCGCGAGAAGAAGGAGCGUGAGGACCGUGUCAAGCGUGCCGAGGAGGAAGAUGCCAAGCGGGAACAGGAGAGACAGCGUCGCCUUGCCGAUGAGCGGGGUGGUCCUAGCACCGCGGCUUCGAAGACCGCGGGCAAGAAACCACCUCCAGCUCCCCCUACUCGCCGGGCCCGGACAGACAGUGCCGGCCAGGCUGAUGCCAAGAAAGCGGAGGAGUCCGCCAAGUUGGAGCAGGCUGCUCGUGAGCAGGCCAUUAAGGAAGAACAGGAAGCACAGGAGGCCGAGACCAAGCGUCUUGAGGACGAGGCCAACCAACGUGAGUUGGAAUUCCAGAAGGAGAAGGAUGCCCAAGCUGCUCGACUCCAGGCUCUUGAGGAACAGGUCCGCCAGGGCAAGAUCAAGAGGCAGGAAGAGAAGCGUCGUAGGGAAGAAGCUAGCCGACAGGCCAAGGAACAAGAGUCUAGCCUUGCAGCUCAGCGUGCGGAGCUCGAGGCAGCCAAGGAGCGCGAGCGACAGCUGCAGCGUGAGCUCGAGGGUCUUGAUGACGAUGAGAGCUCAUCCGAUGAUGAAGGCCCUGCCGAUAUAACUCCUCAGCACAGCACCCCGGCGCAGAGCCAGGUUCUCUCCGCCCCUCCCCCGGUGCCUACGAUCGCUAUCCCCGAACCCCCAGCGGCACCUGAACCUGAGAGCGUGCCCACCCCCGAGGCCAGCUCGCCUGAAAGCAGCCGUGGUGUUCCUGCAGCUACCCCCGAUGCCGAGUCAAAGAACCCCUACUUCAAGAACAUGGCCCAGCCCUCCGCCGACUCUACCGUGACCUCGCCGCCAGCUACCGCCCAGUCUACGAACCCCUUCCACCGUAUGACCCAGCAACAACAAGAACCCGCCAAGCCCUCCUUCCACGGUGCAGUUCCCCUGGAACGCAAGACCCGCGCGCGCCCCGAGGAUGACGAUGACUGGUCCAAUGCCGGUUCCGAGUUCGACUCAUCCGAUGACGAGGACGAGGACCGGCCCGGUGGCGGCAGUGCCAAGCAGCUCGCCAGUAUCCUCUUCGGGACAAUGGCACCCCCGCGUCCUCUGAGCGCCAUGGACGAAGACAAGUCUACCUCUAAGUCUGCUACCCCGGUGCAAGCCAGCCCU